AUGUCCAUUGGCUGGAGCUUGUUGGUCUUGAUGGCAAGUUUGGAUGAGGGACGCGCGGUCCGGGCUUGGCUCCCCUCAUCAAUCUUCAUCUGCUCCUCCAACAUCUCCAGUGCUGGCCUGAAGGAGGCGGCUGGAAGCUCGCCGCUUGCGGGUUCAAUCCUUUCACUAUCCUCUGGCACCCUUCUCCAGCUUCCCCUCCAUCCAAUUGCUCAGCUCUGCUUCAUCCACCCCUCCAGACUUUCAACAUCAAAGAAAAACAAGUCUAUACACAUGGCCAGGUACGGACAGCUCCUGGCCGCAGACAAGGGCUUUGGGAUCCCCACGGAACUCUACUACGGUACUGGUACUUGCCCCGGCUAUGCCAUUUGA